CUACACAUAUAAAACAAGAGACCCACCGUCCUCCGAGCCCCACUUCUGGUCCAUUUACUAGAAGGCAAGUUUCAGUUACAUCAUCACAAUGGCUGAUCUUAGCGCCAGGGAUGUCGAAAGAGCGAACUUCGUGUUCUCCAUUUACGACUUCGAGGGCAAUGGUACCGUGGAUGCCGUCAACCUGGGCGAUAUGCUCAGGGCGCUCAACCUCAACCCGACCUUGGCCACCGUCGAGAAACUAGGAGGAACCAAGAAGAAGAACGAGAAGAAACUCAAACUGGACGAAUUCCUCCCCAUCUUCAGCCAAGUGAAAAAGGACAAAGAGCAGGGUACCUUCGAGGAUUUCCUAGAGUGCUUGAAGCUGUACGAUAAAGAAGAGAACGGUAAAAUGAUGGCAGCUGAACUUGCCCACACCCUCCUCUCUCUUGGUGAGAGGCUAGAAGACGCAGAAACCGACAUCGUACUUAAAGACUGCAUGGAUCAAGAAGAUGAAGAUGGCUUCAUCCCUUACGAACCAUUCCUCAAAAAGAUGAUGGCGUAAGAAGCUAAAAUUAAGUUUUAUUUUUGACACCUUGAGUCACCGUGCGUUCCACUUUUGGCCAAUCAGUCUCAUUGAACACCGAAGCCAUCUCGCACGCUAUGGGCACUACCAACCGUGGCCGUAUUUGGAGAUUUUUGUAAAAAAAAUCAAUCUUGUUAAUAACUGUAAAAAUACAUUUUACUUUUCGUUAUUGUAUUAUUAUUGUCACAAAUUAUGUAAAAUACCAACAAAGUUUCAAUGAAACUGACAAUAAAAGUAACACAAAAAUAAACAAUUUACACGCAAA